AUGCAUUGCUACUCCACAUUUAUACUAAUACUUUGUAUAACGUUGGCAACGCCGCUCUUUACAACGCGUUGGCAACACGCCUACAGAUGCGAUCUACAUUUAAUGUAUCCACGAUGCUGCUUAUACACCUGGAGAAUUAUCCGCUGGAUGGAGACUGAAAUUUGCAUCGUUGAGUACAAGUCUCAAGGUGAACCGCAUCGCUUCUCUCUUCUUAUAGAUGACUUCCCGGCAUGCACAGUUUAUCGAUCCGGUCCAUGUAUACGUGAUGCAGAGAUCUGUGUGCCAUUGCGGCAACAUAUUUACAUUUGUCAAACUUCAAUUAGUCUAAUAUUCAAACAUCAGACAGUGGAGUGGUGCUUCUCCUCGUAUUUGAAAAUUUUCGGCGUGAAAAUGUAUAAAUAUUCGAGACUUUGCACUUAUUUUGCGGAGCAUUACUUUUUCAUGCCACGAAAUAUUGAGGAUUUAUUGAUUCGAUUGGGUUACUAGAGAUAAAAUUUUGAGUGCAGAAAA